AUGGGCUUUGUCAAUGCGCUGGCACCACUACGCCUCGCUCGAUCAGGACAGGUUGACAAAACACUCAGCAAGUUGGCCUCCUCAUCCUUUAGUCGCAUCUUCCGGCUUGUUCUCCCCGCUACGGUGGCCACCAUCAUCAGCUGGGUCAUUUGCAACAUGGGGUUGUACACCACUGCAGAAAUGAGCGAUGCGUUCUGGUUGCAUAGCACAGCACCCUCGCCCAGCCCAAACUGGCUUCAAGCUGUACCGGAUCUACUUCGUGGUAUCUCGGCGACGUGGGCCUUUGGACAACAGAACCCCUAUGAUCAACCACAAUGGGCUUUGAUAUACCUUUUGCAGGGGAGUUUUAUGAUCAUCAGCGCUCUGUUUCUCACUGCGCAUAUGACUCCUGCUUGGAGGACUGCUACUUUGUCUGCGCUGAUAUUCUGGAGCCUGAACUGGAGCCGCCUUAUUGGCGAUCCCUGGACUGGGCUCUGUUGCUUCGCUGGCAUCAUGCUUGCUGAAAUGAGUCUGGCGGGAGGCGCUGAAGCUCUAUCCGACAUUUCUCCUAUCCUCGCUCCACUGUCCAUCCUUGUGGGUCUUUUCGUAAUGUCUUACCCCGGAGGCUACCCGGAUGCAGCAAGCUGGUCGAGGAUGAUGCACGCAUUCGGGCUACGGUUCCUGCCGACUGAAGCUGUGGAUCGAAUGUACGGUUCCCUUGGCGGCAUUGCCCUCGUUUUUGGCAUCAUCAUCUCUCCGCACGCCCAUUGCGUUCUCAGUUCAAAGCCGUUGGAGUGGCUCGGCAAAGUCAGCUUCGCCAUCUAUCUGCUACACGGCAUGCUGUUGCGUACUGUCUUCGCCUGGCUCCUGCACCUCGGCCAGUCAUUGACUCCCUUUGUCGAGAAUGAAGACGGCAUAGAUGUCGAUGUGAAUCGAUAUCCUGUGCCUGGGUUCUUUCAAUGCGCUUUUGCGACCGUAGUUUCGGCAGCUUGUAUAGCUGCAGCAAGUCAAGUUUGGACUCUCAAGUUCGACCCGUUGUUUGGAAAGAUUACAGCGACACUUGAAGGUGUGACGGCCGGCAAGUCUUUCGUCGGAGUGAAGUCCAGCGAGGAUCCGGUCCUUCCAACACGAAAGGAUUGA